GCUGCGGAAGAGCAGGCUGCUUCCCGCUGCCGAAAGUGCGGGCGGGGAGCGCGGCCGGCGUUUACCUGCCGGCGGGACGAGCCCGGGAAGCGCUGCCCAGCCGCGGCCGGGCGGCCCGGCCCGGGGCUCGGCUGAAGCCAGAGCGCCCUGCGGCGGGGAAGGGGCCUGGGACGCUGAGGGCGAGAGAUUUAAGUUACACCGGGGUCCUCCGGGGCUUGCUUUCCUCGCCCCGCCGGCAUCUCGGCCUCUGCGGGGGACGGCAACCUUGAAAUGCGGGCUUGUCCCCCCCCCCCCGGCGCCCGUUCACCUCCGGCUGCCGCAGUGCCGGGGCCCCGACAGCGGCAAAAGCUCUCCCGACAGCGGCAAAAGCUCUCCCGACAGCGAGGAAGAAAGAAGAAUGUCACAAAAACAUCUGAAAGAAGCCUUUAUCAGCAACUUAAAUGGAACUAGUUUGCUGGAAAUUUCAGUAGGCUUGUCUCUAGCUCCACUCUGCCUGCUUUGCAGAGGACUCCUCUUGAUUUUAUAUUACCUGCACUAUGGGAAACCUUUAAGUUCGAGGAAAUACAGCCUGCUGCUAGACUUCCUUGUGCUAGUAUCUCCCCUCCUGUUCUCCUGUACAGUCUUGUCUCCAGUCAUCUCUUUCGUGCCACCUAUCAUUGCAGCCUUCUGUGCCGGAAUAUUUUCUAAAAUAUACAGCCAAAGAAAACAGGAGACCAGAGUGCCUUUUAGGCAAAUUGUAAAAGACUUCCAGAAGACGUACUUGGAUCCAGAAUACAUUCCAGCAAUAACCGUGUUUCGCGUUUAUGUCAAUGUGUUGACAUCAAUCAGCAUUUUAGCAGUGGAUUUCCCGCAGUAUCCAAGGCGAUACGCCAAAGCCGAGACCUACGGAACAGGAGUUAUGGAUUUGGGGGUCGGAGCUUUUAUUUUUGGUAAUGCUGUCGUCUGUCCUGAAGUUAGACAAAGGUCUUACGUGACACAACCAAAAUUUUCCAAUCUGGCCAAACAGUUCUUUUCCGUUUGGCCGCUGAUUGUUCUUGGCAUUGGACGACUGCUUAGUGUUAAAUCUAUAGAGUAUCAUGAACAUACUUCAGAGUACGGAGUGCACUGGAAUUUUUUCUUUACCUUAGCAUUUGUGAGGCUUGCAGCAUCUCUACUUUUAGCCAUAUUUCCAAAAAAUAAUUCUUGGAUUGUUGCUAUAAAUCUUGCUGUACUUUAUCAGCUUAUUCUUAACACUACCUCUCUGAAGACAUUUAUCUUGCAUGGGAGUGACGGCAGAGAUACCAGGGUUGGCGUUUUAAAUGCCAACAGGGAAGGACUGCUCUCUCUUUUUGGAUAUCUAGCCAUAUAUAUGGCGAGCAUCCAAGUGGGACUCUGGCUGCUGAAGUGCAGAAACUCAGUCAAAGGCUGGAUUGAAGCAGUGUGUUUCUUACUGCUGACAGUUCUCGUGCUUUUCGUAUUUCUUCAUGUGUCGCAAGCAUAUGCGGACCCUGUGUCCCGCCGGAUGGCUAAUCUAUCCUACUGCAUAUGGGUGGUUGCUCACUGUCUGACUUUCUUUAUCUGUUUUGUAGUGAGUGAUCUCACAUUGGUGUUCACAAAGCUUCUUGUGAAAGGGUCCAGCGUGCCCUGUUGCUGGAACAUUGUAAAGCCCCCUAAUGCCAGUAAAAAGCAUGAAACAGAGGCCGUGCCUAUGCGAAGGGAAGGCAAGCUGUCACACAUUUGCCUGAUUAGUGCUAUUAACAAAAAUCAAUUACUUUUUUUCUUGCUAGCAAAUGUUAUGACUGGUAUUGUGAAUAUACUGAUAGAUACAAUCCACAGCAAGACUGCGUUUACGUUAUGUAUACUACACUUGUAUAUGUUUUUUAACUGUUUAAUUAUGCAUAUAUUGCAUGCCAAAAAUAUAGUAUUAAAGUUUUGGUGAUUCCACUCUGUCUUAAGUGAACUAGUUGAAUUUUGUUUGCUGUAGCUGAAUGAUGGUGUUUUAUUGGAAAAAUUAGUAUUUUUCCUGUAUGUAUUGCAAUAAUUUGUAACUUAGUAUAGCUUUUUAUGAUUUAGUGUUGAUUAUUUUUUUAAUGGUUUGUUUUACCAGAUUAUACAGUCAGUGCUGUUACCUGUUGGAGUUGUUACACAUUUUCCUGAAAACUUAGUUUUUGAGAUUGUUUGCUGAAUACUCCUGUUGCUCCUAUAAACACUCAUGCAGAAGAGUAAUAUUGUAUUUACAGUUAGUGAACUGUGUUCAUACCCAACUGCUGGAAGAAUUAGAUAACAAUGUAUAGAGUAGAAGCCAGAUGAAAAAUAAGAAAAUGAGUACUUACUUAGAGAGAGACUUAGCUGUGUCAAGAUUUACCUAGUUAAGGCCCUUGCAUAAAUAAUAGAUAAGAAUAAUACUUUAUAUAAAAUGUAUUGAAUAAGGGGAUACUUAAAAAUGUUUUGGCCCCAGUCCUGCAAAGAUUUAUGCAUAGGCUUGACUUUGAUGGCAGUAAUUGUGUGUGGAAUGUUAAUCAUACACUGAAAUCUAAAUUAGCUCUUGAAUUAAAGCUAAAUUUUAUUUUCAUCCUCACUGAUGAAUAUAAAUGAAGACCCUAGAUAAAGUGUGAUGCUCUGAAGGAUAAAACUCAACUGCAGAUGAAUUCAUAAAGCAGUUGUUGGAAUCUGUGGUGCAGAUAAUGAGCAGCACAGCCUUUUAUAAGAAAAUACAAAGGUCCAAAACUAAUUCACCCCCAAUCCGCAUACCAACAUGUUGUGACAGCUCAUCUUCAGGAACGCUGUAAAAUACGGUCUUCAGCUCUACUUUGAAAGUACUCAAGGCCCACCUACUUGUCUAUAAAAUUAUUUUAAACAGCAGCUCAUGUAGUACUGUAUUUUGACAGCUGAGAUGUCUUCAAGUGGGAACGUUCUGUAUUAAUUUUUAUUAGCAAACAAACAGUGUGCAAGUGGAAAGAAGCAUGAUGCAGUGGGUCAGGGUACCGGCAGAGUAUUGGCAAGAGAUGUGCUCAGUUUCUCUAUCACAGUAUUCCUGCAAGCCCAGAGCAGAACACCCUCUUGUUCACUUUCUUAACUAUGACAGUUCUUCCUGACCUCAUUAAGUUGUUGAGAAAAGAAACACAUUUAACAAUUGUGAGGAGUUCAAUAAUGGGAGAUAUAAAUACUUAAGAAGUAGAAUACAAAUGGUAGUUGAUUAGAUAGAUGUCUAAUGUUAGUGGAGUUACAGCAGUGCACAUGGGCCAUAUUUCAUAUUUUUCCUUGUCUAUCAAAGGUGAUGAAUCAUAAAACCUAUGGACAUAAAGCCUCUAAAUCAGAUUCCUUAAGACAGACAUGCUGUGGAAUAUUCUUAAAUUUAUGAGGUUCUCUUAGCCGCUGGCCAAUGGAAAGGGGAAGUCUGAGGAUUAUAGGCUGUGGCCAUGCUGAUUUCAUGCUUGUUUACUUCCAAGUUAUAGCCAUAUAGUCUUUAGAAUUAAAGAAAAACAGCCUGUAUUAUCCUGGGGACAAAUGUAAUUAAUUGGCAACAAUGUCUUGUAAACAGAUGUCACAGUUUACAGCAGAGUUUUCUGGUAACUGGUGUAUGUAUUUAUUUUAAAACGCUUCCUAGCCUUGCCUAGGGAAGAAGGGCCUCUAUCAUGAACUGAAUGGCACUACUCAUUUAUGCAAAAUUACUCAUGGAUAUUAAUUUUUGAAAUAUUUGAAGCACAAGACCUGCGAUGAGUUCUGCCUGUGAGCACAAGUCUAUCAAUGUGAUUCAGAAUUAAGGCAUUAAUUGGGCGUGACAAAGCAGAGUUGUGUCUGGACAAGCAGCAAACUAUCGAGAUGCCAACUCCAUUUUGUGAAGCAAAAAAUUAUGUGGGAGUUCUGCUGUGUCUGUGCAGAGCCCCGGUAGCUCCACGCAGGCAGCAGGCUGGCGGGUACCAAUUCCAGGACUGGAGCUGCGGUUUGCAACAACAGAGACAGCAAACCAAGGGGACUGUGGUGCACAAGUAACGAUGAGAGCGACAACAACCUGCUUCUCUCAACAACAGCACAACACCGCAUCGUGAGGCCGUCUCUUGCUUUUAAAGCCGUAUGAAGUAAGUUGUUCACCACUGAAUUAAUGAGAGACAAUUAAUUCUCAUUGCUUAUUGUCGAUAACAAAUGUGGCAAGCUCUGCCCUGAAGCAACCAGCAUAGUUAUUAAUGCUGAAUGUUUAGACUAUGAAUAGAUACAGAUAAUUAACCAUGCCUCUGAAAGAACCAAGAAACACAAGCAAGCAUUCUUUGAUCACAGAGUCUGUACGAGCAAACGGCGCUGUAAUGAGUUUGAAAAGAUGUGAGAGAAGUUAACGCUACGAUACUGCUGUAGAGACUUUUCUCCACACACACCUCAAUAGCUGUUAGCUCAGUGGCUGGUAGGAACACGAACGCUGCAUUUCAUUUCACUUUGGGGUGUAUUUAGAUGAGUAAGCUUGUACAGAACAAAGAUAUAUUUUAAAAAAUCAGAAACUUUGAUUUAGCUGUUACACAGUUAGUAAAAGUUAAACUUAUUUCAACUAGUAAGACUAAAAUGGUUCAACUGUAGCAUGCCACCGACUUCAAUAACAGCAGCAAAGCAGAGGACUGGGAAAACGUAAAUUGUUUUGUCUUUGCUGCCAUAAUUCCACGGAAUGACCUUUUUGUAGGCCUGCAGGAUAGAAAAAAUAUGGUGGGAGAGCAGAGCUGUUUGCACUUAACCGUGUUUGUUAAACAUUAGUAGCUUCUUACCAAAUUUCAUUAUUUUUAAGGAUCAACUCACUACCAUGCCUUCCUUUCCAACCCAGUAGUGUCUCUUUUGAAGUCGAAUGUUACAACAAAGAUCUCAGGAUCCUAUUUCAAAGCCACUAUGUCCUAAAGAACAGGUAUUUCUUCCAGGCAAAAGAGGGGUAUGCAAAUGAAGGGGCUGUCUGUCGUUUCACUGUUUUGUAGGUAACAAGCAAGCUGCAUGUUCUAGCAACUUAAAAAUAAAACCCUUCCCGUGGGUAAAAAUUACAGGAAAUGUCA